AUGGGUCGUAUGCACGCACCUGGGAAAGGUAUCUCACAGUCGGCGUUACCUUACCGCCGCAGUGUCCCCACCUGGUUAAAACUCACAGCCGAUGAUGUUAAGGAACAGAUUUUCAAACUCGGCAAGAAGGGUCUUACUCCAUCCCAAAUCGGUGUCAUGCUCAGGGAUUCUCAUGGAGUCGCCCAAGUCAGAUUUGUCACCGGCAAAAAGAUCCUUCGUAUCAUGAAAGCUAUGGGUCUCGCUCCUGAUCUACCCGAGGACUUGUACUACCUGAUCAAGAAAGCCGUCGCUAUGAGGAAGCACUUGGAACGCAACAGGAAAGACAAAGACAGCAAAUUCAGGCUCAUUCUUGUCGAGUCAAGGAUUCACAGGCUCGCUCGUUACUACAAAACCAAGAGCGUACUGCCCCCCAACUGGAAGUAUGAGUCGAGCACCGCAUCCGCUCUUGUGGCUUAA